GUGAGAAACGAGUUCUCAGCUAGAGCAUAUACAAUACUUCACUAGAGUGUUUCAUUAUCCAAUAAAAGAACUCAAGAACAUUACUUUAUGGAUGUUUCCUGUAGUUAUUCUGAUCAGAACCCAGUUGGGUCAAUGAAUUUGUUGUCAGUUCUUGACGAGCAAGAAUGCUCUUAUUCUUCUGUUCUUUCAGAUAGUAGCAUCACUAGUAGUGUUACUAAAGGAGCUAAACCAGCUGCAAUUUUUUCUGACGAGGAAGUAAUAUUAGCUUCCAGGAAUCCGAAGAAGAGGGCAGGAAGAAAGAAGUUUAGGGAAACAAGGCAUCCUGUGUAUAGAGGAGUGAGGAGGAGGAAUUCGGGUAAGUGGGUUUGUGAAGUUAGAGAGCCUAAUAAGAAAUCAAGGAUUUGGUUAGGGACUUUUCCUACGGCUGAUAUGGCUGCUAGGGCACAUGAUGUUGCUGCUUUGGCGUUGAGGGGGAGGUCUGCUUGCUUGAAUUUUGCUGAUUCUGCCUGGAGGUUGCCUACUCCGGCUUCCAGCGAUGCUAAGGAUAUUCAGAAGGCUGCAGCGGAGGCAGCGGAGGCUUUCCGGCCGGAGGGGAGUCUGGGAGUCGAGUUAACGAGGACGGGAGAUGAGGUUGAGAAGGUUGCAGGGACGGCGGCGGGGGAUGUGUUUUAUAUGGAUGAUGAUGCAGAUUUUGGAAUGCCAGCUUCAUGUGCAUGUUUAAAUGUUUCAAGUAUUUCUCACACCAGUCUUACAGCAGAUAAACACAACAAAGGUUUCUGUCCAACACAACGAAACUACAUCAAACUAUCAGCUCCUGCCAAACCCAGAUUGCCCUUCGAAGCUCCGUAAGUAUAGAGAGUUUGAACCAGCCAACAGGAUGGAGGAGAUCCCGGCUGAUCAACUUCUCUACUCUGGUGCUAGAAGUUAUCUUUCCCCUUGUCAAACCAUCAACGAACAGAUUUCCCCGGGAAAACUUCUGAUGUCACACACCGGCUGUUGCGGCUCAAGUCCUUUCCCACCAAAAACUACAGUAUUCCACCAUUACCAUGAUUCCCAGAUUAAUAAUGAUACCAAACAGAAGUGGUCGAACUCAAAAUAGUCCUCAUCACCUUCUGCCUUUAAGUUCCUCAUCAGCCACAUUAAACAAUUUACAGCAAAGAAGUUGGGUUCAUUUUGGCUGGGAAGCAGGAAGCCCCAAACCUGUUUGCAAACUCUCAGUGCAUGAAGACACUCUUCCUUGGUUGUUUCCUUGCAAUUUUUCCUGUUCAGCCAUGGAUAUCAUUUAUUUGACCCUUUGGCAUGGGCCAAAAAAGCCAAGGGAAGAAGAAAUACACAUCACAGCAAGGUUAGCAAUGCAACCAUAUACGCUACCAGACCAUUCGUUGCAGAACCAACUUCAACCUCCUGCAGGAAUUACACAGUGCCAGUCUUCUAUUCAGCCUGCCCAGCCCAUCCAGACAUAUUCAACUAUCAGUGGUACUUCAAAGUACCCUUAGCAACUAAUAUUGUCUGAUGCAGCUUAAUGCUUGAUUUAACCUGAUACAACUUGCAGAAGCACCACACCUCAACCAAAUUCUAACGAAACUAAACAUUAUGGGGUUCAGUUUUACCUUCCAAGCAACACUUUCACAAACCAUGAUUUUUACAAGGCUAGAGAAUCUUGCAUUCCUCACAUUAUUUAUGCACAGUGAUUUUACUCAAAAUAAAAUUCAUUUCGCUAGCAAGAGGAUAUUCCAUUUCAAAACAUUCAGCAAACACAUUGGAGAGUCCCGCCUAAUUAUUUGGUCUCAAUUAUAGUCAGUCAAAUUCAACAAAUAGACAACAAAAGUACUGGGCUCCCGUAUUCUUUCGAGACAUUAAACAAACACAUAGCUGACACUAGUUUACUAGCUGCUAAGCCUACGAUUUCACUUCUUCAAUGACUCCCUCGUCAGAAUCCAAUAAGACAGGAUCACUUAGACUGCUUUGAUGCUCUUCCUGCUGCUGCUGCUGCUGGUCAGUGUUCAUCAUCUGCUCCAUGUCUUUUAGCCUGGUCCUUACCACACUUGUAACCAAAACUGCAACAAUAAAAAUCAAUAAAUAAAUUAAUAUAUAGGAGGAUAGAGGAAAUGGGUUUUUAUAGGUGGUGAUCUUACUGCCGGCGGUGCCGAUGGUCCAUAACCAGAGGAUCUUCAAGCCUGGACUCGUCUCUCUCGGCAUUAUAGAUGAAGAAAUUGUGCCUUUUCUUUGUUUCUCUUUUGCCAAUUACUGAAGGAUGACAUGCUAUGGGGCUGGGGGUUGGUUAAUGUAAUUAGAUGGGCUUCAUAUAAGUUAAUUAGUUUAAUUGCUAAAAUUAGAGUAAAAACUUAAGAUAACAAUGAACAAACAACAUAAUCAUGCAAUCAAAUAUGCAUCUAUAUAACUAUACAAAUAGAGUGUUACGAAUUUAUUGCUGAAUUAUGGAAGAAUCAUCAAAAGAGACGAGGAUAACUGAGAGAGACGACGUAUUUGUGAGUCCUUUCAAUGAUUAUUAUAGAUUUUUUUUAUUUUAAUAAUUUUUUUUGGUAGAUAUUGGCUUUUAGUAUUUAACUAGAUUUAAAGGUCUGGGCUAUGCAAACGGCCAAAACAUUUUUUUUUAUGUAAGCAGAAAAAAAUGUCUAGUUAACUCAAGUAUGCUUUUAAAAAAUACAACUAAGGGCAAAGACUUCACCUAUAAAAAAAAGGUUGAUCUAUGAAUCAACUUAGAAGAAGAAUAACAGGAACAUGUGACAAAAAAAAAACAAUUAAAAAAUAGCGAUGAAGUUAAGAUUCUACUCAGUUAAAUAUUGAACACAAAAAAAAAAACCUGAAUUAACCUGACCUAGCAUGUCACUUAUAUAAAUUAUAACACUAAGAUAAGCAAAUAAAAAUCAAAUAAAAAAAAAUUCAAAGUCAAAUCCUGAACAAAUUCAGCAUCGAAAGAUGAAAUUUAAAAGAGAAUCAAUUAAAAAAAUAUAAAAAAACCAACGCAGACCAAGCUCAUCAAUCAUGGCAUAGUUUUGAAACUCGACCCGAUCAUUGACUCGGUCAAGUGAUUGAGUCACGGGUCAGAUAGGUUGACCCGGAUCAAUAAAAACAAAAAAACACUACAGAUAAUUAUUCAAUUAAGUGAGCCAUACAGAAAAUGGUAAAGCAUUAAGUCGCAUAGCCAACUGCCAAAAAGUCUAGCUGGAAACUUGAGCUUCAUAUCCUUUUAUUUGACAGAGUAUUUGAAGCUAAAACUCACUGUAAUGCUUAGGAUUUCUCUUCCAAGGUUACAUAGGUACUAGUUUACAGGUUGUCUGUGGCACUUAAAACAUGAUGCAAAAGUAGCAGAAAGAAAAUAAUGACACAAGGCAGUGGUCAUUAUUUGUCUGUGGCCGAACUCAGGGGACUGCCCGGUGGAGCACCACCAAA